GCCGACACCGUUCUUAUUUCUUCUUGUCCUUGAGCCCUUCAGCUCUUCCCACCGACAGCGGGCAUCUCCAGAUGCUACAACUCUCUCUCCACCAAUCCAACUCCCACGCCUUAUCUGUUUUUCACUCCAAGCCAAUUCCUGAUUCUUUUCUCGUCUGACUUAACACAGCUUAGACCGACACAGCUGAAUCCACGCCACAUACACCCCGACCACCGUCCUCGCCGCCAUGUCGCCUAGAUUCUUGACGGUUCUUGUAUCAGUGCUGCUGCUGGGUACAUCCGCCGUCGACGCGGCCUCUCAGGCUUACCGGAGAUGCCCGGAACGUCAAGGGCCAUGCCUCGCCUGCCCGACCACGGACUCCCUCCCUUCCAUCUCCACCUACAACGGUGUGCAAAUCGGCGGCUAUCUCGCUCACCCCUCCGCCACCGACAGCGGGCCGCAAGGCACGCUGCUCAAUCCCGAGGACACUAACACCGCGUUCGUGGCGAUCGAGGACUGCUGCGCCAAGUGCCAGGCGAACGAUAGGUGUGCCUACUGGCAUUGGUACCAGAAGCAGGACACUACCCAAGGUCGCUGCGCGCUGUUCGACGACUCGCAGUGCAGCUUCGGCAACUACGGCAAGUUCCGCGUGUACUCGUCCAUCGACAUCUACGCCUUCAAGCGCUGCGGCGCGCCCGCCCCCCCGCCACCCGCGGUCAACACCUCCUGCCCCACCUUCUCCUGCGCCGGCUCCGCGCCCUCCACCACCGACAAUCUUAACUCCUUCCCUGGCGCGUAUCCCGGGCGGAUCUACGAGAGCUAUUCGCCGGCCACCGGGCCGACCCUUAUCGCGGACAAGGGUGAUUUGACGGUGACGGACUGCUACAACGCGGCGGCCGACAUGUGGCGCGAAGAUGUCAAGUUCUUCACGUGGGAGCGGAGCUCCAGCGGCCUCGGUCGCUGCCGCCUGCUGUCGUCGCAGGCAUGCAACUACCAAUCGGCUGAUGGGAACGCCGGCACCCCAGUGUUCGGUCCAUCCGCUCCUAACACGUACUCGUUCCUCGUCAACUGCUAGGCCGCUUCGGCUUGGGCCAUGUUAGCGAGCUCAUUCCCAUAGACGAGAAGCAGAGCACGCGCGUCUCUCGUGUCCCCUGCUAGUGGGCUCAGUUCAUGUCAGACUACGCUCAAUGAGGUACCUCAUGUAUCAGUGUGCUCCUUGGUCCGCCUUCUCUCCUCUCCAACAAUCACUUGGCUGUCAAUGACCUCCGCCCUCGGUUGUUCAUCCAAUACUCAUUUCAACCUCCCGUCGGGUUCUGACUGCUGUGUUAUCUGGUUUUGUUUGUCAGUCUCUGCGUUAGGGUACAGCCAGGUGCUCAAUGGAUCCUUUUUUGUUGUGACAUGCACUGAUUCGAAGGAUUAAUAAAGUUUCAAAACGUGUGCCUUUCGCUUUGGUGACGAUUUGAGUGUAAACUGGAUUAGUGCAACAAAUCCUUAUGUCCGCACAUGGUAACUCAAAUUGAUGAUCUGUGUUAAAUUAUAUGUAUAUGUUAAAUAAUUGAUCUUUUGCAGAGACUAAGUCCCAGCUUGUAGAGACUUGAGACUUGGAGUAGUGCAGCGGAAGUUGAGACGGUUGAACCCUUGUACUAGUAUGUGAGAACAA